UUUUGACAGAGUCCCCUGGAUCCCUGGUAUGGUAGUUGUUGUUGUGAAGAAUUCCGAGAUUAUUUUCAUAAAAGGUUAUGGAAAACAAGCCGCAGACUCAGACACACCAGUAACUGAGAACACUCUGUUUCUUCUUGGUUCAAUUUCAAAAUCUUUCACAGCAACAUUGCUUCUUAAGCUUAUGGAAAAGAAAAAUCCCCCAUUGGACAUCUCAACUAAAGUAAAAGACAUGAUGGGGCCUGAUUUUGUUUUCUUUGAUGACGAAAGAACCAAGAACGCAAAUAUGAUUGAUAUUCUAGCACACAAGAUAGGAUGCUCGGAACACGAUUUUUUACGACUUAAUCCUUCAAUAAAAAGAGCAGAUUUACCCAGGCUGUUUAAACACAUGAAACCGGAUAUGGAUUUUAGAAAAGAUUUUAAGUAUUCCAGCAUGAUGUACGGAUUUGCCACAUACUUGAUCGAAAAACUAGCUGAUGGACAACCAUUUGAAGACCUGAUGGUAUCAGAGAUAUUUGCACCUCUUGAUAUGACAUCAUCUUUGGUUGUAACAAAAAUGCAAACGGAGAAAAAUGCUGCACAAGGCCAUUCCUAUAGAACAUAUGCAUCAUUAGUACCUGUUCCGUUUGAAUUAACCAGGCAAUGGGAAACCAGCUGGACAGGCUCGGGUGGAUUAAUGUCCAACGCAGAGGAUAUGGCAAAAUACAUGAAUUUCCACCUCAGCAAUACGGACAAAGACGGCAAAAAAUUCAUGUCAGACGAGUCUUUUCUUAAUUUGCAUAAAAAGCAUAACAAUUUGCCCCGUUCUGUUGUGAACAACAUAUCUAAAGAUCAAGAUGAACCAACACUUGAAAACGGCUAUGGUCUUGGUUGGAAACUAGGAAAAUACAGAGGACAUGACAUUCUCCAACAUAAUGGCAAUACAUUCGGUUAUUCUUCUUUUAUAACCCUUUUCCCCAAACAAAAAAUUGGAAUCUUCACAGCUAUGAAUGGAAACGAUCACAAUACUAGUAUGCGCUUAUUUCUACACAACUACCUGUCGGACGUUGCAUUAGAAGUGACACCGUAUUUGGAUGCUGAUUCCAUAUAUUCUAAGAUUCAAAAACCAAAAGACCGUCCUUUUAUUUCUGCAGACAAAAAGGAUUCAGUUCAAAAUUUCGAAGAGUAUAUGGGAGUGUAUUCCAACUCAAUAUAUGGACACCUAGAAAUCAAAACUUAUCACACUAAUCCGACUUUAGAAUACGGCAUCUGCAGAUGGAACCUAUGGAAACAGAAUAAUCAGACAUUUGAAGCGGAAGGAACUGGGUUAAUCAAAGAUCUGAUUGAUAUAAGUUCUCUUACAUUCAAGACAGAAAAAGACAGAAUUGAUGUUGAAAUUAAAGGAUUUGGUAUCCGUGAUGCUCCCAAGGCAAUGUUUACUAGACUCAAAGGAACUGAAACACAUAAAAGUCAAAAAGAUUUUCUUAAUCGGCUAAUGGAAAUCAGCUUUUUAAGUAAUAACGUGUUCGAAUGAGUUAACGAGAUAUCAGUAUUUAUUCUCUAGCGCACGCUCUACCCGAGUAAGCUGUAAAUCGUAAUAAAUGGCAGUUUCAUAUGUUAGGUUUGUGAGAAUGAGUCCGCCAUUCAUUUUGUUUACCUCGCAAUAUUGCUGCGGACUUACAGGUUUCCAUUGUAUUUUCAACAUAAAUCAGUGUUGCUUUUUAUCUAUGGUUUUUCCUGGGCGGCGAGGGAAGCAUAGUUCAAUAGUUGUGUUUAUUUCAAUUUUGUAUAAAUUCAUAGAUGUUUUAUACUGUUUUGUUCAUGUUAUGUGAAAACAAUAAAACCCUUGCAUCAUCUCAUAGUGCGCUGAAAUGCAUAAAAUGUGUUGUUAAUUAUGUUAGUGAAGUAAAGUGUGGACUU